AUAGUUCAGACUAGAAAGAAAAGCAGUGCAGGGCCACAGGGGAAGAGGGAGCCCCGCCCAAGAUCGCAAAGGCAAAGUGGCAGACAACCAUGGAGGUGGAGCCACCACCAGCUGCCGCGGUCGCUGUAGCAGCAGCGCUUCUGAAAUGCCGCGGCAACGGUGGCGGCGGGGAGCCAACUCUCGAGGCCUUCGGUAAGGCGCGGUCGAGGAGCCCGAGCAGCGCGGCCGCCGCGGGGCCUCCACAAGAACCGGACGGCACCCCCGGCCCUAGUCGCCGCCGCGGGGAGGAGGAGGAGUCGCUGCGGCGCGGGCUCGCGGCUGCUCAGGCGCGGGCACGGGCGCGGCGGAAGGCGGGGCACGCCACGCCGUCGCCGUCCUGGAAGCUGGAGCCGUCGCCGCCGCGGCCGGAGGAUGAGGCGCUGGCGGAGGCGGAUUCGGGAGCGGGGAGGAGGGGCGCGCCGGCCGCGUCGGCGCGGCAGCUGGGCGCCACCUUGUGGGAGAUCCAAGACGUCAUCCGGGCCACCGGCGCGGGCCGACGGAUCCGACGCCGCGGGCGGAGGGCGCCCACCGCGGAUGCGGAUCGGCCACGGAGUUCAGGUGGCUUUGGAGCACAAAUUCCAGCUUCAGUCAUGGAGCAUGAGAAGUUACAUGAAGAAAGAUGUCACUCAAGACAGCCUCUUUCUCCUGCAAGUUUCACUAGCUCAGUUGGAGCAACCACAAUAAACCUUAUCAGCCCAACUCGGUCUUUGGAUUGCAAUGCCAGAUUUAGGCAGGCAGGUACUGAUAUUAAAACGUCAACAGAGCUAUUGAAAGUUCUCAAUCGAAUAUGGAGCUUGGAAGAACAGCAUGCAGCUGAUGUGUCAGCAAUGAAGGGACUGAAACGAGAGUUGCAUCAUGCCCAGGCAUGCAUUCAAGAACUUAUGCAAGAGAGGCAGCAGUAUCAUCAGGAAAUUGAUUCACUAGCCAGGCAAGCCACCGAAGACAAAAUGGCUCGAAGGAGCAAGGACCAAGAGAAGAUGAGAGCAGCCCUUCGUUCCCUGCAAGAGGAGCUUGAAGAUGAGAGACGUCUAAGGAAACAUUCUGAGACUCUCCAUAGGAAGCUAGGCAAAGAGCUAUCCGAGAUGAAAUCAGCAUUUUGCAAGGCUGUGAAGGCUCUGGAGAAAGAGAAGAAGACAACCUGCCUGUUGGAAGACCUUUGUGAUGAGUUUGCGAGAGGAAUCAGAAACUACGAGGAGGAAGUCAGGUUGUUAAAGCAAAAACACGUAAAGGAGUAUGAACUUAAGUUUGACAAGUCUGUAGUUCAUAUUUCAGAAGCAUGGCUUGACGAGCGAAUGCAGAUGCAAAAGACUAAUAUGAGGGAAUAUUCGUCCGGGAAAACCUCAAUCACAGAGCGGCUGAGCAGUGAGAUUGAGGGUUUUCUCCAUCAUGCUAAAAGGCCAGGUAAUUCCAAGAAUGAUAACUUAGACAAUGGUAACGAAAAGCGUGAUGCGAGUCUGUGCCGGCAGUCCCUUGAGUCAGUCCAUCUGAAUGGAGCCACUAGUGUCCCUCGGCUAGCUGAAGACGACGACGAUGGCAGUUCUAUUGCCAGUGACCUGCAUUGCUUUGAACUGAACACGCAUGGAGGCACCAUUAGGAAUCAUGAGCUUGCAGGAGCUCGAAGGAGGGUUACAGGCUGCAUGCAUUCACCAAUGCGAAGGCUGGAAUAUUCCAACGGCGUAUCUGUAGAAGGUUCGCCGAUGUCAAAUGUGCCACCUUGCCCGAAGAAAGAAAAGACGAGGUCUGGCGUCAGCAGACAGCACUUCAUCACAUCAGCACCAGAAACUAGCUCACGCAAUGACGCUAGCCUUGCUCCUGCUGCAGAUGAGCAGAACGAGACUGUCAUGACCCAGGUCUCUAGGCGACUACGUGAUGACCUGCUGAAGAUCAAAUCAGAGGCUCCUCAGCAUGCAUAUCUAGGACAGAAAUCAAACCAGCCCCGGACAAAUGAGUUUCAUGAAUACAGUCCAGCACCAGCACCAGCACGUCGUCAUCUGAAUAACCCAGCCCAGUCCUUGGACUGCGAGAUCUCUGAACCCCCAGCUCAUCAGCUCACAGGCACAAAGGAGAACAGUCUUAAGGUGAAACUGCUGCAAGCAAGGCUAGAGGGGCAGCACGCUCGGCUGAGCGCGUCAGUGUUCCCCCUGAUCAGCACAAGAAGGAAGUGAUGCCACUCGUGAGCUUCCAUGAUUUCGAUCCGCAACACAGAGUUGCAAUUGUAAGAUAGCUGAAUAUUGUUAGCUCGAGGCAAUUGGACUCGGUGUGAAUCCUAGAUCCAGCCGCGUAUGUUGUAGAUUUGAUCUGCUAACUGCCAGACUAGAAUCCAAUCAAGAUGGACACGGCAAUCAGAUCUUGUAACUUCUGUACAGUAAUGAUUUGCUGUUGGUAGUUUCCAAUCUGUCUGUAAUGAUGCCUGACUGACUUUCUAA